AGCUCAUUCUUCAUUAUUUCAAUCUUCCAAAACUAAAUCUCCCAAAUUCUUCUUCCUCUUGCCGGUUUUCUCCUCCGCCGCUGACCGGCGAACUGACUCUUUCCGAUAGACAUUUCACCCAUGGCUACUUUGGAUACCGAUGUUCCUAUGGUUCCCGCCGGCGAGGCUUCAAGCAGUGCUGGCCCUUCGUCUUCCAAAAAACCUAAGCGAUUCGAGAUCAAAAAGUGGAAUGCUGUCGCUCUCUGGGCUUGGGAUAUUGUUGUCGAUAACUGUGCAAUUUGUAGGAAUCACAUAAUGGAUCUUUGUAUUGAAUGUCAGGCGAAUCAAGCGAGUGCUACUAGUGAGGAAUGUACUGUCGCCUGGGGGGUAUGCAACCAUGCUUUUCACUUCCACUGCAUUAGUCGUUGGUUGAAGACUCGCCAAGUUUGUCCAUUGGAUAAUAGUGAAUGGGAGUUCCAGAAGUAUGGACAUUAGGAUCUUCAUACCGUUGCAAUGUCGAAAGGUCGGUUAAACAAAUGCUACUUGAAAAUGUCCAAUUGUUGAAAAUUUGAACUAAUGUCAAUUCCCAAAUCCGGUCGUGUUUUAUUCCUAUGCAUUUUUAUAUCCGUAGUAGAUUAAGAUUUUGAGUACUUUAUUCACGAUGUGAACCUUAAAUGCUUCUUUACAAGUAUUGAGCUAAAUGUUUAUUUUCCUUGUUUGUACA